AGGGGUAAUACCAAAUGUGAUGUAUAUAAAUUAACAGCUGUGACAUGACUCUCACGCGAAGUAGUUUACUGACCCUUGUGGCAGUGGCAUGGUGGUUUCCUCUUAGGUGCUAACAUUUAGAGAGUAUUUUAUAUGAACGUUUUAGAUUUUUUUAGCGAAGUGUUUUCUGAAAGCUUUAUAUCAGUGUAAGAAACCACAACUUAGAUAAAAUUAGACAAAGUGCACUAUAGUAGGAUGUAGUGUGUAAUCCGUUGAUCAUUGCUGGGAACGACUGCAAUUUUGACAUUCAUGGACUAGUUAAAACAAAUGUCAAUUUGAAACAAGAAUUAGAUCUUUUGUGAAAGAGAAAUAUGGCUCUUUACAGCGAAGUUGUAAUGUCAAUAAGUGGACUGAAAGAAUCGUCUGCUGCGCAGUCAUUAGAAGCAGCUUUAUGUACAAUGCCAGGUGUACAAAAUACUAAAAUGUCAUUUCAAGAUGAGGAAGCAACAGUGAUAUUUGAUGUGAGUGCUUCGUCGAACGAAAGUUUUAUAGCAGAAAUUGCGUCAAUGGGAUACAAAGCAUCAAUAAAACGGCAGACUGUAGUGAAAGGAUUAGUUUUCAAGAAAAAAGAUGGUGUCAAAGAAGUGACAGAAGAUUCGCUUCAGAAGCGCCUGUUAUUCAUUAAUGGCGUGAAGGGUUAUAAUCUGAAUCCAGAUUUGGACAAAGUGACAGUUUUAAUAAAUGAAGACAGCACUGACAUCAAUGGGAUCUGCGCGGCGAUGGACAACCUGGGCUUCGAGCCGCUGGAGGCGGAGCCGCGGGCCCCGGCGGCGUCUCCUGCUGCUACAGCUACAACUACAACUACAGCUGCAGCUGCGGCCCAGUCGGUGGUGCGGCUGCGAGUGGAGGGCAUGACGUGCCAGUCGUGCGUGCGCACCGUGCAGGGCCGCCUCGCGCAGCUGCCGGGCGUCAUCUCAGCGCAGGUGGACCUGGAGAACAGCAGCGCAACAGUGGAGGUGGACCCCGGUAGAACGAAUGCUGCGGCGUUGGUGGAUGCUGUCGAGGAUGCGGGCUUCACGGCGAGCGUCGCCACUGACGAUGCGACGGCAGCUGCUACCUCCUCCUCCACCACUACUCCAGAUGCUGCCGAGCCUGCGUCUGUGUCCACUGUCAGUGUGCACAUCGAGGGCAUGACUUGCCAGUCCUGUGUCCGCAACAUUGAGGGUCUCAUCUCUGUUCGACCUGGUGUGUCUCAAGUGAAGGUUGUGUUGGAAGAGAAGAUGGGCUACAUCUGGUACAACCCAGCACUGACGAACCCGUAUGAGCUACGUGAUGCUAUCUCGGAUGCAGGCUUUGAUGCAUGGUUACCUGGAGAUGCUGCACCAGGCGGUGGUGGGGGCGGUGGUGAUGGUACUGAUGUCAUGAGAGCUGCAGCUACAACCACAGCUACAGAUUCACAUAACACAACUCCUGCUACCGCAAAAAGAAAACUGGACACAGAUCUGGAGAAUGGAUCUGUACUUCAUGGAGAACAUACUGAUGAUAAUCUGAGCAAAUGCUUUUUACACAUCAAGGGGAUGACGUGUGCUUCUUGUGUGUCAGCUAUUGAGAAACACUGCCGGAAAGUAUAUGGUAUACAUGGAAUUUUGGUUGCGUUACUGGCAGCUAAGGCAGAAGUGAAGUAUGAUCCACAGGUUAUAAACCCUCUGGACAUAGCUGCAUCUAUAAGUGAGCUUGGGUUUCCAGCAGAAGUUAUCCAAGAGCCAGGAACUGGAGAAGGACAAGUUGAAUUAGAGAUUUUAGGAAUGACCUGCUCCUCAUGUGUGAAUAAAAUAGAAAACUCUGUGAAAAAACUGAAAGGUGUGAGUUCUGCAUCUGUUGCACUAACUACGAAAAGAGGACGUUUUUACUAUGACUCGGAACUUACUGGCCCAAGAGAUAUUGCCGAAGCCAUUGAACGUCUAGGUUUUACUGCAAGACUGCUCACUUCUAAGGACAAAGAUGCUAAGGGCUACCUCAACCACAGAGAAGAAAUCACCAAGUGGCGGAAUGCUUUCUUCGUAUCUCUUAUUUUUGGUGGCCCGUGCAUGAUAGUGAUGGCAUAUUUCAUGAUACAAAUGUCGGUGGGGCACAUGACUCACGAAGACAUGUGCUGCGUAGUUCCAGGGCUUUCAAUGGAGAAUCUGCUGCUGUUCCUUCUCUCUACUCCAGUCAUGUUCUUUGGAGGCUGGCACUUUUACGUGCAAGCAUGGAAGGCCCUGAGGCACCGCACAACUAACAUGGACGUCCUCAUCAUGAUGGCGACAUCCAUAUCAUACAUAUACUCUGUUGCUGUGCUGGCAGCUGCCAUGGCGCUGCAACAGAAGGCUAGUCCACAAACCUUCUUUGACACACCUCCUAUGCUGCUUGUAUUUAUAUCACUCGGUCGGUGGCUGGAGCACACAGCAAAGGGUAAAACGUCAGAGGCUCUGUCAAAGUUGCUUUCACUAAAGGCAACAGAAGCUCUUCUUGUGACACUUGGAGAUGACUUCAACAUUCUAUCAGAGAAGCAGAUCAGUGUUGACUUAGUCCAGCGAGGUGAUGUCUUGAAGGUUGUUCCUGGUGCUAAAGUUCCUGUUGAUGGUAAAGUUAUAUUUGGCCAUUCAAUGUGUGAUGAAUCUCUCAUCACUGGAGAAUCAAUGCCAGUUCCAAAGAAAACAGGUUCGGUGCUGAUAGGUGGUUCCAUUAACCAGAAUGGUGUUAUGCUAAUGACAGCCACACAUACUGGAGAAGCAACGACAUUAGCUCAAAUUGUACGAAUGGUGGAGGAAGCUCAGACAUCUAAGGCACCCAUUCAACAGCUAGCCGACAGAAUUGCUGGUGUGUUUGUGCCACUCGUAGUAGUAGUGUCAUCUGUCACGCUCCUCGGCUGGGUAAUCACAGGAUAUGUCGAUCUGGCACUACUUCCAGUUGGGGAGGAGCACAAGAUUGGCUUCAAUAAGGAGGAGAUUAUCUUCCAGUAUGCUUUCAAGUGUGCCUUGAAUGUUCUGGCAAUCGCUUGUCCGUGUGCCCUCGGCCUUGCUACCCCUACGGCGGUGAUGGUGGGUACAGGUGUCGGAGCCCUUAAUGGGAUUCUUAUCAAAGGUGCUGAACCUCUGGAGAAUGCACAUAAGGUGAAAGCAAUUGUCUUUGACAAAACUGGAACUAUAACAAGAGGUGUGCCUACAGUUUCUCACAUAUGCCUGUUUGUAGAUGAGAAGAUAUGUUCCCUCGUAGAGUUACUGGCGGUCAUCGGUGUUGCGGAGUCGAGCAGCGAACACCCAAUAGCUUCAGCCAUUGUGAAGUUCGUCAAGGAGGUACUGGGCACGGAGGUCAAUGGGAAGUGCUCCGGCUUCCAAGCUGUGCCUGGAUGCGGCCUGCGGUGCACGGUUUCUGGCCUCAAUGGCAUGCUGACCAGUGGCAGGCAGUCGGAGAUGCUGGCCAACUUCACUAAUCGCAUGAGGAAUGGUGUAAAGUCGGCAGUUAUAAGUGGUGUGCCAAUUGACUUAACCCUCAGUGAGUACAGCAGCAAAGAAAAGGGCGCAGCAAAGCUAGAGCAGCUGCUCACAAUCAAUGGAAGCAGUGUGGUUGAGAACACUGUGGAUUCCUACGAGGUCCUGAUUGGCAAUAGAGAAUGGAUGCGUCGCACUAUUGGAGAGGUGCCUUCUGAUGUGGACAGUAAAAUGACAGAGGAGGAAGAACUUGGAAGGACAUCAGUCAUGUGUGCCAUUAAUGGUAUUUUAGUGGCAAUGGUGAGUGUCGCAGAUGAGGUCAAACCUGAGGCACACUUAGCAGUAUUUACCCUGAAGAAGAUGGGGCUCGAGGUGAUCCUCUUAACAGGCGACAACCGUCAGACAGCUGUUUCUAUUGCAAGACAGGUGGGAAUCGGAAGAGUCUUUGCAGAAGUACUGCCAUCACACAAAGUGGCAAAGAUCCAGCGCUUGCAAGAGAGUGGCGCACGUGUUGCCAUGGUGGGUGACGGUGUCAAUGACUCCCCAGCACUCGCUCAGUCGGAUGUCGGCAUUGCCAUUGCCUCAGGGACAGAUGUAGCUGUUGCAGCAGCAGAUGUUGUUUUGAUGAGGAACGACUUGCUCGAUGUGAUCGGGUGCCUCGAUCUGUCACGAAGAACAGUUCGCAGGAUACGACUCAAUUUUGUAUUCGCCAGUAUGUACAAUCUCUUGGGGAUUCCUAUAGCUGCUGGUGUAUUCAGCCCAUUUGGCUUCAGCCUGCAGCCAUGGAUGGCCUCUGCUGCGAUGGCACUAAGUUCCGUCUCUGUCGUCGCUUCCUCGCUGCUGCUAAAGCGGUACCGGAAGCCGACGCGCGCCUCCCUGCAGACGGCGGAGUACAGCAGCGCGAUGCGGGCGCGCGCCGCCGCCCUGUCCGAGCUCGACUCCAUCUCGGUGCACCGCGGCCUCGACGACAUCGAGCGGCCCGUCUUCUCCAGGUCCACCAGCAGCACCAUCAGCAGGUUUUUUGCACGACCAAAGAAUGAGGCAGAGGGUUUGCUUCUCGGCUCAGAUGACCCAGAUGAUAUUGAUGUAGACUUCAGUGGCUUUGAUAAGAAGAAGCAAGAUGUUAUACAAAUGACACCAGUUUGAAGCUUUGUGUGUCUCAAAUGUGUUUCUUGCCAUAAAGAUAGGUCAUUGCAGACUGCAGGAGACCUGCAUGUUGUCUUGAUCCAUGAUUCGGGCACAGGUGUUCCACCUUAGUCACUAAAAAAUUGUACCUCAUGUAAAUGAAAUUCUGGCAUUUUCUUGUAAUGCUUGUCUUCCUAUACUUAAACUGAACAGUUAAGAUUACAGAGCUGAAACCACAUGUAACCUCUCAUGUUUGUAAAGUAAAAUAAAUAACUUAUAAGGAAA